AAUUAUGAUUUAUUUAUAAUAAGAUAUCAUUAUUUAGAAAUAAUGAAUAUAGUUUUUUACAUUUACUUUGGUUCAUUUGACUAAGAUGGUUGGUUUACUAUGGUGCCUAUAGAAUCCCUCUAUGUCUCUGUCUUCUUCGAUCGUUGAAGCUUUUGUUUUUAGUGGGUUUCCUUUUUGUCUUGUCGGAGUAAAAAAACAAUUAAUAAAAGCAAACACCAAGCAGUGCAGCACCACCUUGGUAACAAAACAACAAAACAGGGUACGUUCAUGACGCUUGCAUACAAAACUCAAAAGAUUUCUGGGCUCAGCACCCCAUUAAUCAGUCUCACACUCACCUGCUUCGACUUCAUUUCUUAGCCAACAAGUUUCCUCAAAUAUAUAAUAUAAUUAUAAACCCACGUCAAAAUUCUCAUAUUAACUUCACUUAUCUUGUGCGAACAUUGUCGUCUUUCAGAGUUGAGGCUAUGAGGCAAAAGAGGAAACAGAGCAUUGUGAACUAUGGGUACGAACCCUCUGCAGACGAAGACGAUGGUAGUUAUGACAAAUCGGAAACUGAAAGAGCGGUUCCUGUGGAGACUUUUCGUCGGAGAAACAGGGAAAAACGCCGAUUGAAGAAAAAUGGCUGUAAUUUACAGGAUCCGUUAGUAGUAUGUGGUGGCGAUAUCAUGUUAAUGAUAUUGAGCUUUCUCGACGCACACAGUGUGGCUUCAUCACUUGCUGUUUCUUGUAGAUGGCGUAGAGUCGCUUGCAGUGAUACCAUUUGGUCUGAAAAGAUCAAAGAGCUAUGGGCUGACAAAGCUCAUCUACCUCGUUUUGCCCAAGUUGAGGGGUUGUCAAAGUUGUCUGCUUACACCUUAUCCAUUCAAGAUGGCAAACGGAGUCGAAUCUUGAAGGAAGAUCUAUGGGAUCAUGUUUGGGAGUUUCACUUUAAAGAGGCACGUCCUUUUUAAUUUUGAUGUU